AUGGCCGACUGUCAUGCUUCGGGUUCAAGACAGCCAGAAAAACACGGACCAGAGAUAGACGAGGCUGACGAGAGCGUUAUGAUUGCAAUUCGCGCGUUAGGGGACAUGCGAAGCCAAAGGAUGCAAGAAACGGCGCCUGAGUCGUCGAAUACGACGUCCCCUGGAGCGCCAUCAUCCACGGUGUUGCCGGUAGAAUCAUCACAUGCAGAGGAAGACAGUACCACAACCGUUGCUUCACCUGGCGCGCAGUUUGUCUCUCGUGUUUCUACUCUACCGCUUGUCAACACCGCUAUCCGUGUCUACGAACACGGGAAGAAUAGUUCUCGUGUUGUAAAGUACGGGGCAGAGAUGGUCGAAUCUAGCAUCCAGAGCAUAUCACGGCCUGUCAUCGAACGUCUUCCGACAAAUACCCUGGAUGAAUUCGCUUGCAGGCAAUUAGAUCGGCUGGAUCGGUAUCGCCAACCGUCUGGCACUGGGACGGAAGCGCCGUUACUUCCUCCAAUUAAGGAUGUGAACAGCGACCAGGAAGAUGGUGUUUCUCGAAGCUUUGGAACCAAAAGCGAGAUCCAACGAGACAACGAGGGCAAUCAUUCACCACCCCGAAGUUCGAACGGAAGUCAACAUUUAGCCAAUGGCCCAGAUCAUUCACCACACUCCGACACCCUUUCCAAUGUCGCGAAACCUGGCACAGACGUCGAUCCUCCUCACGAAGCGAAACCCACUAAUGGUGAUGCCGCCGGAGAUAAUCAAGCAGUCGUACAGCGGAGUCGCUGGCAUACCGUUCUGUCCGAAGCCGGCGGGCUGAGCGCCGCAUUGAGCGACGAAAGUAUGAAGAGGCUCAAAUACUGUCUAGAGUGGUUACUUUAUGCCACUUCACACAUCGAUGCCCAGAUGUUGGUCUUGCGUGAUUUUAUCGCCCAGCUACAGCCUAUACCUCCGAAUUCAGAUUCCCUAACACUAUCCACUCAAUUUGAAUUCUCACCCUCCGUUUCACACAUGCACUUGCGGACGCUGAACAAUGUUCGGCGAGAUAUUGUUCACACCAUUCGUCAAGUAGUGGAUGUUGUAUCAAAAUACGCAGGCGGCGCACUUCCGGAGCCAGCCAGAACAAGAGUACGCGGCUUUAUAUUGAAGCUACCUCAGCGCUGGGCAAGUCGAGCGAGUACAACCGCUCCUAUUGGAGCAAGCAUCCCAAGUGUACCCAGUGCUAUGGCAAGUAUGCCAGAAGACACUGGCGUGCCUGGAGGACUGGACAGCGUGAGGGAGGGUAGAGAAGGCAAGGAACGUGAAAGAGAAGAACGCCAGAGUGUCGCUGCUGCCGGCGCCGGAGGCGCAGCUUCUCGACGCUCUAGCCGUGCUAGUAAACGCUUGCAGCAACGUGAACGGGGUGCAGCGUCGGAAAGCGGCGCGUCUAUGACUCCUUCUACAUCUGGUGCAACUCAUCGAUCUCAUACAACAUCGCCUGCUCACUCGAGACCUACUUCGCCAAAUAAUUCCGCAGGGGGUCCUCCUAUGACACCAGGGGCUGCUGUCGUUGCCGCUCAGAGAAUUCUAACGCUUGCCACGGAGAGUUUGGACAUGAUGAGAGGUGUCACGGGUGUCUUGAAGGAUAGUUUAGAUCGCGCCGAUGCCUGGGUCGGCCGCCUUCGUGCUGUUGGGAUACAACGCAACGGCCAAGGAAACAUCGACGAUUUUGGACCAGGCGUUCCUCCGCUGCCUAUCAGCGAAGAAGGCGAGACGCCUCCGGAAGCGAUGAAUGGUACCUUGACAGCGCAAUCAACAGCCCUCGCUUCCGCUCGUCGAGGGAGCCUCCCGUCGGUCAACCCAAAUCAGUUCACCAGAUCGUUUGGCCGUCCCCCAUCACUUUCUCAGUCCUUCGCGUCCUCUAGUUCAUACGAAGGUGCAGACGUUAACAAUACCCAUAUACCGCGCCAUCAGUCAUAUACAACACUCCCUCCAAGGGAGCUUGAACGUCGCGAAUAUGCGUACGAUAGUCAACCUCACUCUGCGACAUUCUCAUCAGGCGUCUCCCGAAGUUCGGUACCCUCUACUCCUGGCUCCAUGUUCGGAAGUUCCCAGCCCACUCUUCCUGGGACACCUGCCGAGGGUGAAAUCAUGCACGGCGGGUUGUCAUUCGAUGGCCGUUUCCGUUAUGGAGAGUCCGACCUCGAUGGCGAAGCCAGUCGCAUGAGCAUGAUGAGUCUCGCUAGUCGACGAGGCAGUCUAGCAGAUUUACUGCUAGCUGUAGAUGCGGCUGAAGGCAUCAGUGGGGGCGUCGGGACGCAGCCGCUGAAACAACCACUCGAUUCCAGCCGUCCGAUACGCAAUGACAGCAUGGAUGUUGAUUCGUAG